AUGGCUAUUCCUCUUCCAGAUCAUCACACAAAUCUCAGUAACCCUUUCUUUUUACAUUCUAAUGAAAGUCCAGCUUUAGUGUUAAAACCUGAUGCUAAUGAUCCAACUUUUCCAGCAUGGGAGCGGUGUAAUACCAUUGUUUUAGCAUGGAUUCAUCGUUCCAUCAAUAGUAGCAUAGCAAGAUCCAUUCUUUGGAUUGAUCAAGCAAAGGAUGCGUGGAGAAAUCUCAAAGCACGAUUCUCUCAUUCAGAUAUCUUCAAAAUAUCUGAUCUACAUGAAGAAAUGUAUCUUAUGCAGGAAGGUGAUAAAUCUGUAACUGAUUAUUUCACAGAUUUGAAAAUCAUGUGGGAUGAGCUUUACAAUUUAAGGCCAUCACCAUCAUGUAGUUGUACAGUGCACUAUUCAUGUAAUGGUUACAGGUUGAUGCGUGAAUAUAAAGAACAAGAUUGUAUAGUGAGAUUUCUCAAAGAUCUUAAUGAGCAAUAUGCUCAUGUAAGAUCCCAAGUGAUGAUGAUCAAUCCAAUGCCAGAUAUCAACAGAGUGUUUUCCCUGGUUGUUCAGCAAGAAAGGCAUAUUCAAUGUGAAUCUAGCCUAAAUCAAUUGACUGUUAAUCCAAAAGUGUUUCUUAGCACAGUAGACAAUGUUCAGAGAGGAAAUUAUAUGCAAGGAAGAGGACGUGGAUCUUCCAAUAUUUUUGGAAGAGGACGUUGA